CCAUCGCCGUCUAUAAAUAGGCUCGCCAUUGCCACCUUCACCUCCUCUCACUCAUCGCACACCCUUCAAGUCUCGCACUCUACCAUUUUAGCUUGCUCUCUGCUCUCUCUCACACACAAAGGUCUCGAACUCUCGAUUGAGAAAUCAAUUGAGGUCAAGGGAGCGGCUUGCCUUGCUUUUCCUCGACCGCCAUGUCGUCUUCCAUGGUGUCGUCCAAGAACCCGCCGCCGGCUGCCGGGUACGGCGACGGUGAAGGCGGCAGCGUUGACGCCGCCGCGGCGGCGCCGGUGACGAGCUUCCUGUACUUGCACCCCGGCGCGGGGACGCUGGACAGGGACGCCGUGCUGCGCCGCAUCCGCCACCGGAGGCGCCACAACCGCCUCCGGGACACGCUGCGCUCCAUGCUGCAGGCGCCGCCGCCGGAGCCGGAGAUCAUGGACGGCGCCGAACGGCAGCUCCCGUGGCCGCUCGACGACGCCUUCUCCGCGCCGUAGCUGAAUACAAUCAGGCGCUCCUCCCUUGUGCAGAUUAAGCAAUGCCAUGAUCCAGCGUGCGCCUCGCCUCUUCUCGUGUAGAUCGAUCAAGAACAGGCGAAGAUAAUCCAGCGUAGUGCUUAGUGCAGUAGAUGUGCGUACUGCAAGGAUGGAGCCAUGGAUGCAAAGAUCAUUCUGAUGUCUUCUUUGUAUAAUUGCUUGGCUACUUGGUGUAGUUAUGAAUCAUGAUCGAGUAAUUAAAGAAUGUCUGGAUCAAAUGUUUAAUUCGUUUUUUGUCUUCUUUUGGAUUUAGGAUUUUUUUAAAAUUUACAA